UUGCACGACGACCAGCAGGUGUUCGAGUUCCUGAUUCUCGAGGGCGCACAAGCCGGGCUCUCGUGGGAGCUCAUCCUGCAGAAGCGCGACGCAUACCGGGAGGCGUUUGACGCCUUCGAUCCCGAGAAAGUCGCAGCCUACGGCGACGCCAAGGUAGCCGAACUCCUGGCCAACGCCGGCAUUGUGCGCAACCGCCAGAAAAUCGCCGCGUCCAUCGGCAACGCACGCGCCUUGUUGGAAACCCAGCAGGAGUUCGGUAGUUUCGACGCCUACGUCUGGGCCUUCGUCGGCGGCAGUCCGGUCACCAAUGCCUGGCAGUCCAUGGCCGAUGUGCCCGCCACGACGCCGCUGUCUGAGACGAUGAGCAAGGAGAUGCGAAAACGAGGAUUUCGGUUCGUCGGUCCCACCAUCUGUUACUCCUUAAUGCAGGCCGUCGGAAUGGUCAACGACCAUACCGUCGACUGCUUCCGCUACGCAGAGGUGGGGUGA